AUGGCCGACAAGAAGAAUCUCCUCCUGCUGUUCGAUCAUCCCACUGAGCCUGUGUUCAUGGACAAGGGUGGCAAUGGCACCGUGUUCAACAUUCCCGACUCCUAUCUGACCAAUCGCUACAACAAGAUCUGCAAGAAGGUACAGAACCGAGUCUGCUGCGGAAGGGAGCGCGUCCCGGUGAAGGAGAUCCAAGUGCCCGAUCUCAGUUACCCCAUGUCCUUGGGCCGAGCCGAACAGUUCUCGGUGUUCCUGAAGUCCCACGCUGAGAUGGCCGGCCAAUUGAUCGAAGUCUUUGUCAACAUGCCCACCGUGGAUGACCUGCAAAGCGUGGCCGUAUAUGCCAGGGAUCGGGUGAAUCCGGUGAUGUUUAACUAUGCAUUGUCGGUGGCCCUGCUCCAUCGUCCGGACACCAAGGACCUGAAUCUGCCUGCAUUUUCGCAAGUUUUUCCUGAUCGUUUCAUCGACUCGCAGAUGUUUCGCCAUAUGCGCGAAGAAUCGUUCGUGAUCGAUGCAUCUGACUCCCGGGGUGCCAUCACAAUACCCGUCAACUAUACUGCCUCCGAUCUCGACGUGGAGCACCGCCUGUGGUACUUCCGCGAGGAUAUGGGCAUCAACCUUCACCACUGGCACUGGCACCUGGUCUAUCCCUACGAAGCCCCCAUUCGCAGCAUCGUGGAUAAGGAUCGUCGUGGCGAGCUGUUCUACUACAUGCACCAGCAAAUUAUUGCCCGGUAUAAUGCCGAGCGGCUGAGCAACUAUAUGGCUCAGGUGCAGCCGUUCAACAACUUGGACGAGCCCAUCGCCGAGGGCUACUUCCCCAAGAUGGACUCCACGGUGGCCAGUCGGGCCUAUCCGCCGCGUUUCGACAACACCCGACUGAGGGAUGUGGAACGGGUCGGUCAGAUAAGAGUGUCCCUCGACGAAAUGAAGCGCUGGCGGGAGCGCAUCUAUGAGGCCAUCCACCAGGGCUAUGUUUUGGAUGAGGAUAACCAAAAGGUGGCCCUGGAUGAAGUUAAGGGCAUCGAUAUCCUGGGCAACAUCAUUGAGGCCUCCGUUCUUUCGGUCAACAGAACGCUGUAUGGAAACUUACACAACAACGGACACAAUUUGAUCGCCUUCGCCCACGAUCCGACCAACAAGCAUUUGGAAAAAGCUGGUGUUAUGGGUGAUACGCCCACCGCCAUGCGCGAUCCAGUCUUUUACAAGUGGCACUCCUUUGUGGACAACCUGUUCCAGGAGCACAAGCGCCUCCUGACCCCAUAUAGCGCGGAAGAUCUGACCUUCCCGGGCAUAUGCGUCCAGAGCAUCAAAGUGGUGAGUCGCGACCAGACCAACAAACUGACCACCUUCUGGCAGCAGUCCGAUGUGGACAUGUCCCGCGGCCUGGACUUCUCGCCCCGCGGCAAGGUCUCCGCUCGGUUCACCCAUCUGCAGCACAGCGAAUUCACUUACAACAUCGAAGUGGAGAACACCAGUGGAGCCACGCGGGAGGGAUUCGUUCGUAUCUUCCUGGCGCCAAUGUGUGAUGAGCGUAAUGGCAUCAUGGAACUGAGGGAACAGCGCCGCCUGAUGGUGGAGCUGGACAAGUUUGUGAUUAAGAUGCCUGCCGGACGGUCUAUGCAUACUCGGAAAUCCGUGGACUCGAACGUAACCAUACCGUUCGAGCGCACUUUCCGCAAACCGGAUGACAACUCUCCCAACAAGGCCAUAUAUGACUUCUGCGGCUGUGGAUGGCCACACCACAUGCUGGUGCCCAAGGGUCGCUCUGAGGGCAUGACAUUUAAGCUGUUCGUCAUGAUUUCCAACUAUGAUGAUGAUAGGGUUGUGCAAGCAUCUGAGUGUGCCUGCACCGAUGCCGCUUCCUAUUGCGGCCUUCGCGACAGCCUCUAUCCGGAUCGCAAGUCCAUGGGCUACCCAUUCGAUCGCCUGCCCCGACAGGGUGCCCAGUUCUUGGAGAGCUUCCUCACGCCCAACAUGUGCACCGUGGACAUUACCAUUACCCAUGAGAAACGCACCGAAAAGGUGCCGGAGUAG